AAUAAAUUGAGACUUAUAUAAUCCACCACAGGUAAUUGUUACGCGGUGUACGUCACGCACAAACAAACACGCACACCGAAUUUAGCAUUUUACUUAUCUGCUGAACAGUACCAUAAAGAAGAACACACCCAGUAAUGACACAUUAGGAGGGUUGUAAAGCUGGUUUGUUGCCACGGUGACAACGCGCGUCACGUCAAGGACUUGUCGUUAGCAUAAAGUACAACUAUUCCCGGAAGUUUUGCAGUAACUUUGUAGUCGAGCUAAUUCACUGCUAAAUCCAUUGCUGGGAUGGGAGGCUCGAGCAGCGCGAUCUCUAAGGAUCUACUUUCCGAAUACCAGGAGCUCACAUUCUUGACCAAACAAGAGAUUCUGCAUGCUUAUCAGAAAUUUGGUGAUCUACUGCCAGAGGGUCAGAAGAACGAUGUCUUGAAGACGAGAGCUACAAAAGAGAAAAUCCUUUCCUUGCCAGAGUUAAAGGCUAACCCCUUCCGAAAUCGGAUCUGCCAUGUGUUUUCUACCUCAGAUGACCAUGAUGGCAGUAUGUCAUUUGAAGACUUUCUGGACAUGCUUAGUGCCUUCAGUGACUCCGCCACUGCAGAAAUCAAAUCCCACUAUGCUUUCAGGAUUUUUGAUUUUGAUAAUGAUGGAACCUUGAAUAAAGAAGACCUGUGGGAGUUGGUGAACUGCUUGACAGGAGAAGCAGAGGACACAAAACUCAGUGAUGCUGAAAUGGAUCAACUUAUCAAGAAUAUCCUAGAAGAAUCUGACAUUGACAAAGAUGGUACUGUGAAUCUUUCUGAAUUCCAGCAUGUUAUUUCCAGAUCUCCAGAUUUUGUCAGUUCAUUCAAGAUCGUGCUGUAAAGUCACAGGAAGUUCUGAAUAAAAUGUUAAGCAUAAUCCCUUUAUGUUCAACCUGUUAUCUGGAGAAACCUUAGCAGGGGAAAUUGUCAAACCUGGAAGACAAUAUAUUCAGAAGAAGCAAAGCAGCAUAUUGUUUAAUUACUGAACUUCUUGACAACUGAAUUAUCUAACUGAUAAGCUUUUUGUAAAAUUUUACUUUUUUAACUCAAGUAAAAAUCUACAGCAGCCCAUUAUUUUGUACAGCUUUUCUCAGCUAGUGUGUGUGGUAAUAUAAACCACUGGUUAGUACCUGUUAAUUAAAACUUGAUUUUGAAUUAUAUAACUACCUCUUCCUCACUAACAUUGUUAGUUAACCACUAUCUCUGCUCAGUCUCAGAGCUGUCUGACCCUCCACGUCUGCAAUAAAAGCAUUCUUAUUUUUCCCUCCUCUUCAGCUGGUAGGUAGAUGGAAUGAUGAUUACACAAAAGGUUAUACUGAAAUGCAGUUGGACUCUAUAUGCUGUUCCUGUACUUUAGAUGGUUAAACUUAUUUAUAGUGUGUCUUAAUUAAUACUUUUGUGUUUGUCCAGUUAAGAACAAGAACCCAAAUCCAAAAAACAAGUAACUUGAGCAGGUGACAUUUUAGAUUUUAAUUAUUGCCAUUCUUCUGUUGUGUUUAAUAAAGUAUACGUUUUAGAGUCCAAAGAAAGUUCUGAAAUUGGGAAUAUUUUGGAGGUGUGCCUUUUAGAGGUAGAAAUGGCAGAGUUGUGCAGUAGAAGCAUGCUGGACCCAUAACCCAGAAGUCAAUAUAUCAUAACCAUCCUCUGCUAGGUAAGCAGGAGGAAGCAUGUUUAGCAGUUUAGCAUAGGGAAUUAUAGCUAGAAGCUGCUUACAAGCUUCAUCCUAUAGUAUUGAGCUUGAUUCUGCCAGUCUCAUUUUGUUUGGUUGUUAGCACAGAGGAUUAAAGCCGUAAACUUAACCUGUUUUCUGUAAUCCAGUGUGUGAUUCCCUCAGAUUUCAUUUGCUUAAUAUGGAACUCUAAGCAAGUCACUUAACCAGACAUCACUCUGGGGCAGUUUGAAAACUGGUAUAGGCUCCUCAGUGAUCUGUUUGAUCGCAUGCCUUAUAGCAACCUAUGCAAAAUGCUGGACAUUUAUGUAACUUAACACCAUUUUUAUUAAUAUAUUUCAUCAAAAAAGCACUUUACAAAACUGAAGAAACUGAAACAUGCAUGCCUUAAACAAAAACCUAGGAAAAAUAAAGUAUUCACAAAUUACAGUAAAUUUAAAAUUGUAAUUAAAGACUACUACGAUGCUACAUAGGUGGCAAAGGAUGGAAUAUUGUGUGAUGUUCAACUUUAGACUUUAUAUAAUAGAGAGGAAAAACAUAUAUACUAAAUGUAAAAUCAUCUUUUAUAUAUGUAUGAUUCUUUAAAGCAUCUGAAAGCUUUUGCACUUUAUAUUAAAUGUCUUAAAAGCUGUCCCUUUACUUUGUGUUGAGAAACAUUUGUACCUGAUAUCCAGUAUUAAAAUGAAGGUGACGAGGUAUAAUGUAAAGCUAUGGAACCAAACUGUUUAAUAGAUGAUGCUAAUGGUGGCAGUAGAAGGUUAAGUAUUUAAGUGAUUUGCCAUGAUAUAAUACAGCUGUGUAGCACGUUAGCCAGUUUUUGUCAAUUUUACAUUGCACCUCAGAGAGUUUUAUGCGUGGAUAUGGCUGCACAACACAAAAUUGCACUUAAAAAGAUUUACAAGCAGACAUGAAAAUGGAAAGUAUUGGCUGAAUUGCUGUUUGCUGUUUUUCAUGAUAAAAUUACUGGGAUAUCUUAAGAUACUGGAUUUUUUUAUAAUCCUGAAUUUUGUUGCUUUACUUUAGUUGUCAUUUUUCGAUGGAACUGAAUACUGUCAGCAUUCACUAAUACUGUAUCUUCGCACAGAAAAUACAUGUUGACUUCACUGGCCCUUCUUUCUACUUCUUGAAAUAUUGAUUUCAAGUUUAUUUAAUCUUUUUGUCUAUAUGAAUCAUUGACAUCUGCCAUGCUUACUGGUGUAUGGAGCAAUUGAUCAAAGUCCCUUUAGUUUGGUGCCAUCUGGCAGUAUACAGUCCAGCUGAGUAGCAUUCAUCGAAUGUGCUUGCAUGUUGAGUAUGCAUAUCUUAUGACACUGAAAGCUCAGACAUCACUUCUGAAAGUGUAUUGGGAGUGAGGAUUUUUGUGAUAUUUCAGACGCAUGCAUAUGUGGUCACUUGGUUACAGGUAGGAAAUAAAUAGGGUGUGUAUGUGUGAGUGAGCAAAAGUGCGGUGAAGGUGAGAGACUGGAAAUUUGCGGUGUGUUUUGGACUUUGUAAUACUCUGUUAACACAGGUGGGGGUAGCACUGUAUGUGGAUAGUACAUCUUUGAGAAUGGAGAUGUGUUCUCUGUUUGGGAGUGGUUGUUGGAGGGUGUGGGUUGUGUGAAAGGUUUUGUGUGAGACAAAGGGUUGUGCAUCUCUGCCACGAUCAGUACUUGCCCCAAGGUAAGUGUGAUCUCAGAAUUGAUAUUAUGUUUUUGUCUUUUUGGGAAAGGGGUUGUGUGUGCAUUGGGUUAGUGGACAUUGAAUGGUGUGCUGGUCAAGUUUGAGUGAAUGUGCAUGCAUGCAUUUACAAUAUGUGUGGUGUCAAUAUACAGGGUAGUCAUCGAGUGUGCUCACUAGCCUGACAGUUUAAAAGACCAUAUCUGCUUGCCUGACUUCUUCCAUGUACAGUUUUUAGUUUCAUUCCACUGUGACUGCCACCUUUAUUUUUGAUUCUGUUUGUGCCAUUCAACCUGACUGGCACAAUGGUCCUUUCACUCCUUUUUUCAGGUUGAACUUAAGAUGUUUUAGGUUAUUUUAAGUGAGCAGUACCACAGUAAUUAUUAGAAUUUUCAAUGACUUUAAAGUUUCAUUCCUAUGUAAUGAAAUAUGCACAUUGGAUGUAAUACAAAGCAUAUUGCAUCUGUUGUCAGAUAAGUAGAAGACAGUUUCACCUUGUAUGACUUACAAAGCUGUAACCCAACUCAAGCUUUAUUCUUCAUCACAGAUAUUCAUGAGCAUUGUAAUUUUAGCACUGAGAAGAUUUAUGUUGGUUUAAACAGUAUUGUAAAUAAGAUUAAAUGAUUUUAAAGUACUGUAUAAACAGUUAAAUGUAGUGAAGCCAUGCCAUUGUUUUUUUCCAUUUAGCUGUGAAAACAGGUUUAAAAAUAGCUCCCAACUAAAGUCUCCACCAUAAGGACCAAAAAAGUUAAUACCACUUCUUUGAGACUGCACAGUCGAAGUUCUUCAAACAACCCAUAAAUAUUGAAUUAAGUCUCUUAAUGAAUCUUCUUGCCAUGUGAAGACAAAAAUUCUAAGUAUCCUAAUCUCCAUUAAGAUUAUGAAUGAACUGCAUUGUAAACAUUUCAUAUGUGAAUUGCAUCUGUCAUGCUUUGAAUUGUUUACUUAUGAAAUUUCAAUUAUGACUGAAGAUUUUCAUAUACAACUGUUUAACAGUUUAUAUAUGAAUCAUGUCUUAUUUUUAGAUGAGUGCUUAUUUUAUAUGAAAUUUCUGUUCUUACUGAAAAUCUGUUUGAAAUAUAAUAAAUAUGUUCUUAUACAAAU